AUGACUAUGAAUGCACAAUAUGAUGUUUUUAAUGGAGAUUUGAUUGAUAAAUUUAUUGAAGAAGAAAUUCAACAAGGUUUCCCUGGUGCUGCUCUUCUUAUAACACAAUAUGGUAAAAUAUUGAAACAAACAGUUUAUGGUUAUAAAUUAAAAUAUAAUGAAAAUGGGACAGUUAUACAACAACCACAAUUAUUAACAUUAGAUACUAUGUUUGAUUUAGCAUCAUUAACUAAAAUGUAUGCAACAAAUUAUGCAUUGAUGCUACUUGUUCAUCAAGGAAAAUUGAAUAUUAAUGAUUCAAUUACAAAAUAUAUACCUGAAUAUAUUGGAUGUAAUCCUGAAAAAGAAUGUCGUGAAACAAGAACAAUAAAAGAUUUAUUGACACAUACAGCUGGCUAUGCUCCAAGUAUUCAUUUUUACAAUCCAGAUAGUGUUUCAUCUGAUUUAUAUUCGCAAGAUAAGAAAAAAACCGAACAAAUUAUUGAAACAAAAGUAGAAUUUCAACGAUCAAGAGGUGAUGAUCAAUUACCGGUUUAUUCUGAUAUUGAUUAUAUGCUGUUAGGUUUAAUUAUCGAACAUAUAAGUGGAAUAUCAAUUGAUGAAUAUAUAAAGAUUAAUAUUUAUGAACCAUUAGGUUUAACACAUACAUUAUUUAAUCCUUUAAAUAAUUUAAAUUAUCAAAAAUCAGAUUUUGCUGCAACUGAGCUAAAUGGAAAUACACGUAAUAAUACAAUUAAUUUUCUGAAUAUACGUACACAUGUAUUACAAGGACAAGUUCAUGAUGAAAAAUCAUUUUAUUCAAUGAAUGGUCUUUCUGGACAUGCGGGUUUAUUUUCAAAUCUGCAUGAUAUGGCAAUACUAACACAAAUUAUGUUAAACCAAGGUAGUUUUGGAAAUAUUCAACUUUGGAAUGAAAAUGUACAAAAUCUAUUUCUAACACCAUAUGCACUAGAUCCAACAUAUGGAUUAGGAUGGCGUCUAAAUCAUAACAAUUCAUUAUCAUGGUUUGGUUCGUAUGCAUCUAAUUCUGCAUAUGGUCAUACAGGAUGGACAGGAACAUGUACUGUUAUUGAUCCAAAAUAUUCUAUUGCUAUUAUUUUAUUAACAAAUAAACGACAUACACCAUGUAUUAAUGGAGUUUUCGAUGGUGAAAAAUAUGAGACAGGAAAAUAUGGCAAAAUAAUGACAAUGGCAUAUGAAUCAAUUUUAUCAAUACCAAAUAAUGGUGUUCUUUCUUGUCGAUUAUUUUCUAUAUAUUUACUCUAUUUUGUUCUCUUAAUUACUUAUUGGUGUAAUCUAUAA